CCUUUUGACUGUCUCUUUAACAAUAAAAAAAAAUAAAAAUAAAAACAAUGCACACAGAAGCAUUGUUUUUAUUUAAAAAUUGACGUUGUUCAUUGUUAAAGAGAAUAAUUCAAUUUCAUCAAUUGUUAAUACCUAAUGGAUAACUUUGGUGCAUUGUUCUAUUGUACAAACUAUCUGCACAGAUGUACAGAGUAAUUCAAUGUCAAACAAACGUAAACAGCAGGUCUAUUGAUAACUAAGUAUAAAUACAACGAAUGAUACUGAUCAGGAAGUAUAUCUAUCAAGUAGUUUGAUCUCAGCCAGAUAAAAUGACACGUGGUACAGUGUUUUGUCUAUUCGCCCUAUUGGCAGUUGCAUCAGCAGCCUCAAUUUCAGGCUCAGCAAAUCUUAGUGGAAAUUCAGCAGGAGUGAGUUUUGAAACUGUUUUUCCAAAAAUUCCUGGAUUUAAUUAUCCAUUAUUUGGAUUCAGUCUUUUGCCAACAUCUUCAAGCUCAACCAACGGAACCAGCUCAAAUAAUGGAACUUCAAGUUCAAAUAAUGGUACCAGCACAAAUAAUGGAACAUCAUUAAAUAUUCCUGGUUUAUCAACUGCAAUUCAACUACUUGAACAUAAAAUAGGAGUUGCUCUUGGUAUUGGACAAAAUUUAACAGCAGGAUUUAACACUGCAUUCCAGCAAGCUUUUGAAAAUAACAAUUCGACAGCUGCUGCCAAUACAAUUGUUGGAACAAUUUUACAAACAACUUUAGCAGUUGCUGAAGAAUGUCCUCUGGUUGUUGUUGGAGAACGUGUUUUGCGAGAAGGCAUACGUCUUUCAAUUGAAGCUUUAAAAUCAGCUAAUAAUAUUGCUACUGGUUAACUCUUGAAUUUUAAGAAAAUUUUAAAAAAUUAUAUUAUACAAAAUUUAUGCAAGAUGAUAAUUUUUUUUUUGUUGAUUUAAUAUUUUAUUGUUGAAAUAUAUUUGCUUAUAUACCUAUAAAAUUAA